UUUUUGGAGGGAGAGCAGAAGUAGGGGUACCAAGGGUAAGGCCUACAUGGGGUUAGGCCUAACGUGGAAAUGUAUAAAAAUGUAAAGUGAAAUAAAGUUCUCUAGACCACUUCAAUUUGCCAGCCUUUGGGAGUUUAACUUUUUUCCUUUUUUUUUCUGAGAUUUCAAUCAAAGAAGAAGACUCAUAUGUGCAUUUGGAAUUAGCUGAUUACAAUGAUCUUUGGGAACAUAUAAUUCGUAAGGGCGGCAUUGUGGUGCAGUGGGUAGCCCUGUUGCCUCUCAGCAAGAAGGUUCGAAUCUCGGCCUGGGCUUUUCUGUGUGGAGUUGCAUGUUCUCCCCGUGUCCGCGUGGGUUUCCUCCAGGUACUCCGGCUUCCUCCUACAGUCCAAAGACAUGCAGAAACAGCAGCUGGUUUUCCUCAAGCCCAGUACUCGCCGGAGUUAUUCCACACAAAGCCAUCAGCGUCUCAUAUGAUGAUCAUCAAAAGUGUCAUGAAUCACUAUCUGGACCCAGCCUAUUUUUAUUCUGCAUGCAAUGUGCCAAGGUGUAAGCAGUAAUCAUGACUGACAGCUCUGUAGCCUGCACAGUAAAGUCUCCUGUGGCCUUGGAGCUUGGGGAGGCAAUAACUGCUGCAUCUCGUCCUGGAGUCUUUGUCAUUGAUGUCACAUUCCCACAUGGCCAGGCUGUUAAUAUUCAGGAGAUCUCCUUCAAGAACUACUACACGGCCUUCUUAAUGGUGCGUAUGCAGAGAAAAGAUCCUGACAAGGAUGGCUCUACUAAGUGGAUUACCUGUCUGCAGAACCACUGCCUUAUGCCAAACCCGCACACAGAGGAGUGUUCCCAGGACUACUUCUCCAUCUACAGACAGCAGAUGCUGACAGAACCUGACGAUGUGACUUCAGUUCGGCUCAUUCUGCGGCAGCCGUCUUCAGCCUGGCUGAAUUUCAGUCUGGAAGAAAUCAAAAUUCACCUUUGUGCGAAUGAGGAUUCAGAACGGGAUGUUCCAGCUUGGUUUUCUAAUCUGACUCCAGUUGACCAACCUCCUGAUUUAGAAGGGCUGCCCGACCCCCAGACUGUGUCCUCCAGCAUCCAGCAGAUGUGGGCUUUGACGGAAGUCAUGCAGACCCAUCAGACAGCAGCUCCCAUUGGCCGAUUUGAUGUGGAUGGCUGCUAUGAUGUGAAGUUACUGUCCUACACAUGAUCUGAAAAUUACAAUAUUGUUUUCGCUUUUCACAGUGUACAGUAACAAAAUAAAAAUGUGUAUAAUGUAACUAUA